CCAGGUAUGGCUGAGAGCACCCACCUAAAGAUGAGAGUAUAGGAGUUGAAGUAUCUUGGGGUGUUGAUGGGGGAAGAUUGACAGAGAGAUAAGAACAGCAGCUGCAGAUAUGUGAAUCAAUAAGUUGCAAUGAAGAAGGAGUUGAGCCAAAAGGCAAAGCUGCUCCUCUACAUCUUGAGAGGCCAGUUGGGGUAGCUCAAACAUCUGUUUUGGAUGCCUCCUAAACAUCUUCCUGGGGAGAUUCAGAGCACGUCCCUCCAGGAAGAGGCCUCGAGGAAAACCCAGGAUGGACUGGAGGGGCUAAGUCUCUCAGUUGGCUGGGGAGGGCCUUGGAGGUCCCCCGGCAGAGCUGGAGGAAGUUUCUGUGCAAGUAAAAGAGAAGUCUGUUUUUGACCAAGCCCUGGUUAAGCAGAAGAAGAUGGCUGUAAAGCAUUCUGUGAUUGGCUGUACAUUCUAAAUGAUACAUAUCCUCCUGAGACCCGGCCCAUUCAUUUAUGUCCUUUAUAAUGGACAUUUUGUUUACCUGUAUAUUUCUUAAGUAUUUGUAGAUAACCUUCUAAGUCCUAUAGUACCCUGUAGAGGACAUCCUUAGCUUUCCAUUGAUAUGUCAUGUGAUGAGUUUGCAUGCUGGGAACAUUACUUUUUUCCUCUAGCAAGAUGGCUGCCAUACAGGCAACCACAUUUUAUGGAAAGCUGAAAAGAGAAAGUAGUGAAGCAGAGAGGAUCCUAUACCAGAUAGUAGAAGGAGAUUCAGAUUUGGAGCUUUCAGAUGAUGAAAAUGAUGAGUAGGAUGAGAUUCAGCCUAAGAUGAUGAUUCUGGAGAAUCUGAUGAGUCAGAGUCAGAGGAGGAGCAGGAAAGUCGGCGUGCUCUGUGGGCCAGGACUAACUUGUAUGUUUUAUUUAGUUUGAGUCCAAUGGCUUACAUUUUAUGACCAUGUUAGAACUUUGUAGUAUUUGUACUUUGUGUAAAUGCUGUUAAAAAUAUGCAAGUUACUUUAAAAAGUACACUUAGGAAGUUCUUCAAUAGUCAUCUCACAUCCAUGAAAUUCAAAUUAUUGCAUUUAUCUAAAUGGAUGUGGAAAAAAAUGAAUUAUUUAUUUUGUCAACUUGAAUUAUUUUAUUUUAUUUUAUUUACAAUGGAUUCACACCUGUGAUACCUGAAUGUCCUGUCCAUCAAGAUGAUCUGAAAGUUUGUGAAUAUUGGAGUCCAAUCCAGUACUUUUCACAGUACAUUGAUAAGAAAAUUUUCGAGGAUCUGGCAGAUUUUACAAAUCAAAGACAGCUGCAAACUACUGGAGUUUCACUGAAAACCACUGCCCAAGAAAUCAAGAUCUUCUUUGGCAUGUCAAUACACAUGGCUUGCCUUGGCUAUCCCAGAGUCAAAAUGUUUUGGGCUAAAAAGACUAAAGUGCCAGUCAUUAGCAGGAACAUGACAAGGGAUAGGUUCUCUCGCUCAAGAUUGUAAAUGACCUGGAUGUAGCUGAAGAGGCAAAGGAGUCAGAUAUUCUUUGGAAAGUCAGACCAUUGCUUGAUCGUGUGAGGCAAGGUUGCCUCAGUCUUCCAAGGCGGGACAAGGUGUGCAUUGAUGAGCAAAUUAUCCCGUUCACAGGCCGCUGCCCAGUAAGACAGUAUGUCCCAGGAAAGCCAAACCCUACUGGCCUAAAGGUUUUUGUGCUUGCUUCACCAAACGGUCUGGUCCUGGAUUUUGAGGUCUAUCAGGGCAAGAACACAUUCAGUGGCCAAAGACUGGGAGUCGGAGCUGCAGCGGUCUUACAAAUGGUCGAGUCAGUUCCCACAGGAACUCAUGUGUUCUUUGAUAAAUUUUUCACAACGGUCAACCUCAUGGAUGCUUUGCUCUCAAAGGGUCUUCCAGCAACUGGAACUAUCAUGAAGAACAGGGUUCCAAAGCAAUACCAACUGCCAGGAGAUAAGCAGCUGAGAAAAGAAGGAAGAGGAGCUUCAGUGAUGUUGGUCCGGAGGGAACCUGAGCUGGCAGUGACAAAAUGGUUUGAUAAUAAACCAGUUCUGAUGGCCUCCACUGUCUACGGGAAAGAUCCAGAGGAUAUCUGUAGCAGAUGGUCCAACAAAGACAAAGCUCAUGUCCAGAUGAGACGGCCAGCAGUCAUCAGCGAAUAUAAUGACAACAUGGGUGGUGUUGACCUCUGUGACCGAAUCCUGAGCUUCUACCGCAUGUCAACCAGGACAAAGAAGUGGACAUCUCGUGUGAAGACACAUUUCUUUGAUGUUGCCAUCACGAAUGCUUGGAUCCAGUACAAGUCUGACAGCAAAGCGCUGAAUCGACCAGCUAAGAACACCCAACAGUAUUUGGACUUCAAAUUGCACCUGGCUGAAGAGCUGAUGGAUAGUCCUUCAUUUGAUGACAGCAGUGAAAGGGAAGACAGUGAGGAAGAGUACCAACCACCAACCAAAACAAGGACCCCACAACCAGAGCCAUCUGUACGUAGGCUAGGAGCCAGGCACAUGCCAGAGAAGAUGGACAUCAAAGAAAGAUGCAGGAACAAGGGCUGUAAUGGCAAGACAUACAUCAGAUGCUCCAAAUGCAAGAUGUUCCUCUGUAUAACCAAAAAGAAAGCAUGCUUCAAGGAUUAUCACAGUUAAACUUUCCAAAGGGAGAAGAAAAAAAGAACUGCUCAUGUUCUGUCUUAUAGUUCAUUGUUGAACUGAAUACAUGUUUUACAUUGUAAAGUAUUAUUACAUACAUUUUGUCCUUGGAGGCAACAAGUAACAGAAGAGUGAAUAGAUUUUUUUUGUUUGAUUUUAUUCAAAAUUUUUAAGUGUUUGGGUGAAUAUCCCUCUAAAGAUUGAUUCCGCUCCUUGUUUCUGAUUUUUUUAUAUUCGGUUCUGUUUUCACCAAGAUAUCGUCCUGUUGUCCUCUACAAUGGACAUGCUGUAAAAUUAAAAUAAAAAAUAUUUUUAAAAAAAUUAAAAUUGUAAGGUUUUCAUUUUGCCACUAAUAGAUAGGAAAUCACAAAAAAAAUGAAAUUGUAAGACACUUUUUUUCCUUGGUUCUCAGGAAUAUAAGACCCACAAGGAAAG